AUGGGUGGGCGAUGCCCCCCCCCGCGCUGGUGCUGCUGGUGCCGCCCCCCCCCCGCGGACGCGUGCGCGCGGCGGGCGCUGAUCGCGGCGCGGUUCGCGGGGCCGCCCCCCCCCGCGCUGCGCGUGGUGCGCUCCGGGGGGGGCCCCGCGCUGCUCACCCGCCAGGGGGCGCUGCUGCGCGGCGCCGCCGCCGCCGCCGCCUUCCUCAGCCCCCCCGCGCUGCUCGGGGGGCGGGGCGCCGCGCCGCGCGCGCUCGUCCGCCAAUGGGUGGCCUUCGCCGAGCGCGAGCUCGCCCCCGCCGCCGCCAUCGCCGCGCACCGCGGGGGGGCGCCGCAGGCGCGGGCGCGGGCGCGGCAGGAGCUGCUGCGGGCGCUGCGGGUGCUGGACUCGCACCUGCGGGACCGAACGUUCCUGGUGGGCGACGGCGUCACCUUGGCCGACGUGACCGGGACGUGCGUGCUGCUGGGGCCCUGCCGCCGCGUCCUGGACGCCGCCACCGUCUCCACCAUCCCCAACGUCUGCCGCUGGUUCGAGACCUGUGUGGGGCUGCCCCAGUUCCGGGCGGUGCUGGGAGAUGUGGGGCUGUGCGCGGACGGGGCCUCUGACCCACAGCUGGAGCUGGCACCCGUGGAGGUGGACGCCGAGGAGGAUGAUGCCAUGGGGCUGGAUGCUAUGCGGCAGAUCGCUAUGGGGCAGCCCGCUAUGGGGCAGGAUGCUGUGGAGCAGGAUGCUGUGGAUCAGGCCGCUAUGGGGCAGCCCGCUGUGGGGCAGGAUGCUAUGGAGCAGGAUGCGGUGGAUCAGGCUGCUGUGGAUCAGGCCGCCGUGGGGCAGCCCGCUGUGGGGCAGGCCGCUAUGGGGCAGGCCGCCCCGCCCCCAGCCAAGAGCGCGGCGCAGCUGAAGAAGGAGGCGAAAAAACGGGAGAAACUGGAGAAAUUCCAACAGAAACAGGAAAAGAUCCGCGAGAAGCAGGCUCCUGCCCCCCGGCGCCAGCGCCGCCCCCCCGGGGUGGUGACCUAUGACCUGGAGACCCCCCCGGGGCAGAAGAAAGACGUGUCGGUGCCGCUGCCCCCCUCGUACAGCCCGCGGUACGUGGAGGCCGCCUGGUACAGCUGGUGGGAGCGCGAGGGCUUCUUCAAGCCCGAGUAUGGGCGGGGCCGCGUGUCGGCGCCCAACCCGCGGGGGGUGUUCAUGAUGUGCGUCCCCCCCCCCAACGUGACGGGCGCCCUGCACCUGGGCCACGCGCUCACCAGCGCCAUCCAGGACAGCCUCGCGCGGUGGCAGCGCAUGCGGGGGCUGACGACGCUGUGGAGCCCGGGCUGUGACCACGCCGGCAUCGCCACGCAGGUGGUGGUUGAGCGGCGGCUCUGGCGCACGCGGCGCCUCACGCGCCACCAGCUCGGCCGCGAGCGCUUCCUGCAGGAGGUGUGGGCCUGGAAGCACGAGAAGGGCGACCGCAUCUACCAGCAGCUCCGGCAGUUGGGGGCCUCCAUGGACUGGGACCGGGCCUGUUUCACCAUGGACCCCAAGAUGAGCCGCGCCGUGUGCGAGGCCUUCGUGCGGCUGCACGAGCAGGGGCUCAUCUACCGCAGCACGCGGAUGGUGCACUGGAGCUGCGCCCUGCGCUCCGCCAUAUCCGACAUCGAGGUGGAGAAGCGGGAGCUGCCGGGCCGGACGCUGCUGCGGGUGCCGGGCUAUGAGGAACCCGUCGAGUUUGGGGUCCUGGUGGCCUUCGCCUACCCCCUGGAGGGCGGCGAGGAGGGGCAGGAGGUGGUGGUGGCCACCACGCGGCUGGAGACGAUGCUGGGGGACGUGGCGGUGGCCGUGCACCCCGAGGACCCCCGCUACACGCACCUCCGGGGCCGUUCCGUCCUUCACCCCUUCACGGGGCAGAGGCUCCCGGUGCUGCACGACCCCUUCGUGGACCCCCAGUUCGGCACCGGCGCAGUGAAGGUGACCCCAGGGCACGACGCCACGGACCUGGAUGUGGGGCAGCGCCACGGGCUGCCCUGCCCCUGCGUGCUGGACGAUGAGGGGCGGCUCUGCGGCGUGCCCCCCCCCUUCCUGGGGAUGCCGCGGUUCCGGGCCCGCGCCGCGGUGAUGGAGGCGCUGAAGGAGCGGGGGCUGUUCCGGGGGGUCACCGAGAACCCCAUGGUGGUGCCCAUCUGCAGCCGCUCGGGGGACGUGCUGGAGCCGGUGCAGCGCCCGCAGUGGUUCCUGCGUUGCUCCGCUCUGGCCGCGGCCGCCGCGGGGGUCGUGCGGGGGGGGGAGCUGCGCCUGCGCCCCCCGGCCCACACCCGCACCUGGCUGCAGUGGAUGGACAACAUCCGGGACUGGUGCAUCUCCCGCCAGCUCUGGUGGGGCCAUCGCAUCCCGGCCUACUUCGUCACCAUCGACGACCCCAGCGUGCCCCCCGGCAAGGACGGGGAUGGGAAGUUCUGGGUCAGCGGCCGAACCGAGGACGAGGCUCGAGCGAAGGCGGCGAAACGCUUCCGGGUGCCCCCCGAGAAAGUGACCCUGCGGCAGGACGAGGACGUUCUGGACACUUGGUUCUCCUCCGGCCUCUUCCCAUUCUCCAUCUUCGGGUGGCCCGAACCAAGCGAGGACCUGGACGUGUUCUACCCGGGGACGCUGCUGGAGACGGGCCACGACAUCCUCUUCUUCUGGGUGGCGCGAAUGGUGAUGCUGGGGCUGGCGCUGACCGGGCGGCUGCCCUUCCGCGAGGUUUACCUGCACGCCAUCGUGCGGGACGCGCACGGCAGGAAGAUGAGCAAAUCCCUCGGGAACGUCAUCGACCCCCUGGACGUGAUCCACGGCAUCUCCCUGCAGGGGCUGCACGAGCAGCUGGAGAACAGCAACCUGGAGCCUGCGGAGCUGGAGCGGGCGCGGGAGGGGCAGAAACGCGACUUCCCCAACGGGAUCCCCGAGUGCGGGACGGACGCGCUGCGCUUCGCCCUCUGCGCCUACACGGCCCAGGGCCGGGACAUCAACCUGGACGUGAUGCGGGUCCUGGGUUACCGGCACUUCUGUAACAAGGUGUGGAACGGGGCCCGCUUCGUGCUGCAGGCGCUGGGGGGCGGCUACCGGCCCCCCCCCGACCACCAGGUGCGGGGCCGGCCGGGGCUGGCCGAUCGGUGGGUGCGGAGCCGCCUGAGCCGCGCCGUGGGGGCCGUGGGGGCCGCGAUGGAGGAGUUCGACUUCCCCGGCGCCACGACGGCCGUGCACCGCUUCUGGCUCUACGAGCUCUGCGACGUCUACCUGGUGCGGGGCCGCACCCGCGGGGGGACGGGGGGGUGUGGGGCGGGGGGUGUGGG